CAGCAGCAGCAGUGGAGGAGGAGAGCAGCUCAGCAAAACCAACCUUUACAUUCGUGGCCUUCCCCCAGGAACCACAGACCAGGAUCUGGUCAAACUCUGUCAGCCGUAUGGGAAAAUUGUGUCCACCAAGGCCAUCUUGGACAAGACAACCAAUAAAUGCAAAGGCUACGGCUUUGUGGACUUUGACAGUCCAGGCUCAGCUCAGAAAGCAGUCACAGCACUGAAGGCUGGUGGAGUGCAGGCUCAGAUGGCCAAGCAACAGGAGCAGGACCCCACCAACUUGUACAUCUCCAACCUUCCUAUGUCCAUGGACGAACAGGAGCUGGAGAACAUGCUGAAGCCCUUCAGUCAGGCUAUUUCCACUCGUAUCCUCCGUGACGCCAACGGGACCAGUCGAGGAGUUGGCUUUGCCAGGAUGGAGUCAACAGAGAAAUGUGAGGCUAUUAUUCAACACUUCAAUGGAAAAUAUAUUAAAACUCCCGCUGGAGUUCCAGCGCCAUCAGAGCCCUUGCUGUGUAAAUUUGCUGAUGGAGGUCAGAAGAAGCGUCAGAGUCAAGGGAAACAUCUGCAGAACGGGCGAGCCUGGACACGAGAUGGAGAAGCUGGAGGACUCACCCUCACCUAUGACCCCACCACAGCCUUACAGAACGGGUUCUUCUCUCCUUAUAACAUGGCCCCGAAUCGAAUGAUUGGACCGGCCUCCCUCUCCCCAUAUAUGCCUUCGCCUGUGUCCGCCUAUCAGCUACACAACCCAUCCUGGAUCCAUCAUCAGUCGUACAUAAUGCCGCCCACAGUGAGUGUUGGAGCCGUCCUCACGUCAGGGAUGGAGCACACAAUGUCCAUCCAGCCAUCCUCCAUGAUCGGACCCCUGACGCAGCAACUCAGUCACCUUUCCAUGGGCAGGAGUGGGACAUACAUGCCUGCAAACACGUCUCUGCAGGGGACCUACAUGCCCCCGUACCCACAAGUGCCUUCCGCCAACAUCUCAGUUGAGGAAAGUGCCGUCCAACAACCAGUUGCCAUAGAGACACCCACAGAACACUCGGCCUACUCCUACCAGCACAACAAGUGAGGAGUUGGGGUCAGAUCUUCCUCCGGAGACUGGAGUGAUGGUCGGGAGGCCUCACGUGUUGACAGCUGGGGAUGGGGUCAUGUGGGGGGCAUGAACUGCUUCACGUAAAAAAAAAAGAAGCAGAGAUGAAAACGAGGAUAUUUUCGGUGGACUCAUGUUUUAAAGCAAACCUUUUUUUUCACUCCAAGCAAGAUAAGCUGGAGGAUAGUGGGGAAACAAGAACUGAACAAGGAAGAUUAACACACAGACACCACACACACACACACACACAAACACACACACACACACACACACAC